AUGGCGACGAUACCGGAUGCGAAGAGGAUGAAGGUGGAGGGGGAUGCGGAUGGAAAUGGGGGUUUGGAUAAGAGUAAGAGUGAUGGGAUUAAGAGUGAGGAUGGGGUGAAGAGGGAAUUUAAGGAGGAAGCGGGAGUACAGGUUGGUGGGUUGGAUAAACAGCAACGGGAUCAACGGGAUCAGCGGGAUCAACAGGAGGAUUUGGAUGCGUUGGAGGGGUUGGAGAGUGAGGCGAAGGAGUUUAUGAAGGACACAGAAAUCGAUAGGAUAUUAAAAGCUUUUCGUUUAGAUGCCUACGCAGUCCUAGACCUCCAACCUGGAGUCGGCGAAUCCGACAUCAAAAAAUGUUACCGUGUAAAAUCCCUCCUAAUCCAUCCAGAUAAAACCCGGAAUCCACUCGCCCCCGAUGCAUUCGACCGAUUAAAAAAAGCCCAAACAGAACUCAUGGAUGAAAAACACCGCGAAAGACUCGAUGAAUCGAUCGCUGAUGCUCGAAUGUUAGUCAUGCGGGAAAAGGGUCUGAAUAGAGAUAGUCCGGAAGUUAAAGAACCCAGUGAGGAGUUUCGCAAAGCGUGGAGGGAGAAAACUACAUUUGUUCUGAUUGAGAAUGAGCAGAGGAGGAGAAGACAGGUUAAAGCGCAGAUGCAGGAGGAAGGGAGGGAAAUGAAGAGGGUGGAGGAGGAGCAGGAGGCUAGGAAGAGGAAGAGGGAAAAUGAGGUUAAAUGGGAAGAGAGUAGGGAGGAGAGAAUUGGAAGUUGGAGGGAGUUUGCUAAAAAGGGGGGUGGAGCUGGGGGUGGGGGUGAGAAGAAGAAAAAGAAGAAGGUUAAACCUUUGGGUUAG